AUGAGAAAGUUCAUCAGCAAGGCUCGCGAUGAGCUGGACAAGGUUCUCGAUGAGCCCAGUGGGAAGCAGCAUGCGAAUGGCUCACAUCCUGGCUAUGGUCAGAACGGUUACGGGAGUGACUACGGGUACAGCAACGGCGGACUUCAGAACCAAGGGUACCAGAACGGGGAAAGUCAAAGUGGCCCUUACGCACACACGCCACCUGGCCAGCAAGGAGGAUACAACCACUACGCGCCUCCUCCGGGUCCGCCUCCAGGCGCCCAUGGUGGUUUUCAGAAUCAACACCAACCCUACGGCCCCCCACCUCCCCAAGUUCGAUAUGGAGGCCAUCAGCCUCCAUGCCAGAGCAGUCAGGGACCUCCCAUGGGUUUUGCACCCCCUGGCGGCCGCGGCAGCAUGCCAUUCCCUCAGAAGGUUGUCAUGUGGUCGCGCAUGUCUAGCUCGGGCGAGACCUACAUCUUGGUCGGCCCUGCUCUUGGGGAGCCUAGUCAUGCCGGCAGAAUCCCCUCGCUUACGGGCAAACUUACCGUCACAGGAGGAGGGCACAAGGAGAAAGGGCCUCUUCUUGGUGAAGCCAAAGACUCUGGUCUCAGCGGUUCUUCAGCCCAAAUCACGUUGGCCGACGGUUCCUCUUAUGCCGUCAAGAAGAGCGGCAUGAGCUCCAUCGGCAACCUCUCCUACACCUUUACCGUGCCAGUCGACCGGGGCGGCCAGGAGACAUUCCAGUGGAAGACUAUGGACUCUGGAUUCAAGGACAUGAUGCACGGCAAGUCGGGAUAUAUCCUCAGCCGACCGGGAGACCUGGACAAUCCUGUCGCGACGUGGACGGACUACGGGGGCAUGGGUCUGCACACAAACUCCGAAAUGGGCACGAUUGAAUUUGUCGGGCAGGGCGCGACGGGCGAGCUCGGCAGCACGUUUGCAAUCGUGACUGUGCUGUCCAUGAUGAAAGCAAAGCAAAAGGCGGCCGAAAAGGAGAUUGUGAAUGCUAUUGCGGGUGAGAUCUAA